GUGUGAGGAGGAGAGAGCAAGAGAACAACUGGCACUGGAGCUACACACAGCUGAAGGAGUGAUUGACGGCUACAGCGGCGAGCGUCUGGCGCUCGAGCAGCAGAUCCGCGAGCGAUCCGAGCUACAGCUGCAUCUGGAGCAGGAGCUGUGUGUGACCGCUAGCCGUCUGCGUGAACUGGAGCAGGAGCGUCUGCAGAUUCACCACGAGCACGAGCUACUGUCUCGCCAGCAGGACGCCAUGAGAGAGGGGGCGGGGCCUCGAGAGCUGCGAUUAUUUGAUGCUGCUCUUGACGCAGCACCUGAAGCAGACCUGCUGGGAAGAGACAGAGAAGCUGAUGGCGGAGAAGGUGGAGGUGCAGCGUCAGGCGCAGAAGGAGAGCGGGGAGCUGCUGCAGCAGGUGAAGCAUCUGGAGGCGGAGCUGGAGGAGCAGGUGAGCCGUCUGCAGGAGCUGCAAGAGACGCACAGCACAGAGACGACCGACCUGAGGCAGCAGAUACAGGCUUUAGAGAAGCAGCUGGAGAACAACCGCAAGUUCAUGGACGAGCAGGCGGCGGACAGGGAACACGAGCGAGAUGUCUUUCAGCAGGAGAUUCACAACCUGGAGCAGCAGCUGAAGAAUCCCACCAAAACACAGACAGGAAGUGACCGACGGGACAGAGAGGUGCAGGAGCUGAGCGCGGCGCUGCAGGAGAAGGCAGACUGGUGCAGUGAGCUGUUGUUGAGCUCGGAGCAGCUGCAGAGAGAUGUGUGUGAGAGAGACGAGGAGAUCGAGACGCUGGGAGCACGUCUGAGGGAGCUGGAGCACACACUCAUGCACAGGGUGGAGGAGGUCCAGCAUGUGUCUAUGGCGAGCAGGGCAGACGUCACACUGGAAGCACAGCUGCAGACAGAGAGAGAGGCUCUAGACAGGAAGGAGAAAGAGCUGGUGAAUCUGGAGGAGCAGCUGGAGCAGUUUCGUGAGGAGCUGGAGAACAAGAGCGAGGAGGUGAAUCAGCUUCACAUGCAGCUGGAGAUCCAGAGGAAGGAGAUCAGCGUCCAUCAGCAGGAUCAGGCCCGGCUCGCUCAGGUCUUGGAGGAGAAGGACAGGCAGAUAGCCGUCCUAAACGAGCAGCACACGGGAACAGACCCUGAGAAAGAGGCGGAGGAGGAGAAGGACGAGGUUCUGCGAGAGAUGGAGGCGCAGGUGGAGUGUCUGAGGAGCGAGCAGGAGCGUCUGAAGAGGGACAGCGAGGAGGAGGUGGAGCAGCUCAACGCCGUCAUCGAGAAGCUCCAGCAGGAGCUGACACACAUCGAGCUCAAGCAGCGUCAGGACGAGAGCGAGGAGAUGAAGCAGAGGAUGGAGGAGUCUCUGCGAGAGAAGAGCGCUGCGCUGGUGGUGCUGCAGGCCCAGGUGCAGGCGCUGGAGGAGAGCGCAGGGUCACAGGUCACCAGCUUGAACCAGCGGGUGGAGGAGCUGGAGACCAGCCUGGAGCAGAAGGACUCAGAGCUGCACACAUGCAGGUUGAAGGUGGAACAAGCGCAAACGGACGCCGACGCUCUGUACGCUAAAGUGACUCAGCUGGAGGAGAAACUCAGGGAGAAGGUGGCCGCUGUUCUGGUCUGUCAAGCACAACUGGAAGCCGUCCAGACGCAAACCAAAGAGCUCCGCGCCGAGGCCCACGCAGGAGAAGCCAUGGGCCCCAGCACGCAGCAGCCGUCGGAGGGCCUCACGGCGCAGGACGGAGCCUCCACAGGGAAGACGAGUCUGCUGACGGAGAAGCUGACGGAGCUGGAGGAGGGUCUGAGCGGGAUGCAGAAGGACCAGGAGCUGCAGAAACAGCUGUUGAGCAGCUCUGAGGAGGAGGUGAUGGAGUACGAGAGGAGGUUAUCCGUGAUGAUCGACCUACUGAACCACAUGAGAAGCAGACCUUCCCAUCACAGACUGGUGUCAGGUGAGGCCAGUCAGUCGCUGUCAGAGCAGCUGCAGGAGGUCAAAGGUCAAGCUGCGUCCACUCAAGAGGAGCUGAGCUGCUACAGAGAACUGAGACACAAGCAUCAGGAGGAGAUGGAGGUCUCGGCGAGCACGCGUGAUGAAGACGCUGCUCAGCUGCUGCAGGAGCUGCAGGAGGUCAGAGGUCAAGCGAGCAGCAGACUGCAGGAGCUGGAGAGCAGCAGGGAUCAGAGCGUCAGACUGCAGGAGCUGCUACAGGAGCGAGAGAUGAGCAUCGCUCUGCUGAAGGAUCAGCUGCACCGGGCCUCACAGGAGAGCGAUCAGUCCACGGCCGAGCUGCUACAGGAGCUGCAGGAGGUCAAAGGUCAAGCGGCCGCCACCAAAGAGCAGCUGAGGAGCUCCCAGGAGCGCAGCCUCAAACUGCAGGAGGAGAUCGAGGUCAGAGACGCCUCCAUCGCUGAGCUGAAGGACACGGUUCAUGAGCUCCAGACCGCUUUAGCCAAAUCCAGCGAGGAGCCGGCCCAGCCCAAACAGAAAGGAGACGUCCGAGAGCCUCCUGGGAUGGACAGAAGCACAAGGAAAGAGCAGCAGGAGCUGAUGCUGGGAUACGAGGAGAAGAUCGCACAGAUGCAGGAGCUGCACGCGGCUGAGAUCCUGGACAUGGAGUCCAGACACAUCUCUGAGAGCGAGAGUCUGCGGAGAGAGAGCCAGCGUCUGGAGGACGAGUGUGGAGCGCUGAGAGACGCCAUCCACACCCUGCAGAGGUCACAGGCUCCAUCAGUGAGGUCUGAACGUCCAGACGUCUCUCCGAUUAAAGAUGGAUACACCAGCGACAGCGGUUCAGACUGGAGUCAGCGAGCAGGUUAUGAUCCGCACCGCAGCACACCUGAAGGAGCGCGCCGAGACACGGACACAGAGCUCCUGCCCGAAACCAUCAAGAGUCUACUGCGUGAGGUGCAUCAGGAGGGCAUGCAGGUGCUGUCUCUGACCGAGCUCCCGCUGACCGAAGAUGAUCCACCUCCACAGAGCAGAGAGAGAGAAAACACCACCCUCAUCAACACCAUCCAGUCUCUACAGCUCCUCAUCAGCACACUGCAGACACACACACAGCUGGAUGUGGACUGGAGAGCGGAGCUGCUUUCAGCCGUCCAGCAGGUGUUUGUUCAGGAGCGAGACGUGCUGAAGAACCUCUUAUACUCUCAUCUGGAGCGACUGGACACGGCUGACGCGGUCACUCAUCUCACGCAGCUGGAGCGAGCGCUAGCGGAGCAGGACGCGAGGCACAGGGGGCUGAUGGGAGCGUUGAGCGGCGCGGACAGAAACAGCCUGCGCUCAGAGAUCCAGCAGCUCAGAGAUCAGCUGCACACACUCACAGCAGAGCAAGCACAGCGCCACCAUCAGGACAGAGCCGGAACCCAGAGCGGGAGGCUGCUUGAAACGAUGAGGGUCGAGUCCGGCUCUGAUGGACUGGAGGAGAUGAAGAGUGAACUCAACCGCACUAAACUAGAGCUAGAGAACACUCUACAAACACAACACACACACCUGAAGGAGCUGCACACACUCCGGGCGGAGGUCUCCCUGAAGACCGCUGAGGUGGACACACUGAAUGACAGACUGUCUCUGGAGCAGAAGAGAGUCAGAGACCUGCAGUGGGCGUUCGAGAAGGAGAAACACAAGUCUGACAGGAAGCAGGAGAGCGAGCGAGAGGAAGUGGAGGAUCUGAAGCUGUCUGUGGAGGAGCUGUCGAGGGCUCUGGAGAAAGAGAGACAGGUUUCAGCUCGACUCCGAGAGCAGGAGCUCAGAGGUGCUCUGGAGGAACAGAAGGAGAUGAACACACAGACGAGCUCCACCUCAAACCCUCACGAGUCACAGAUGAUGGAGGAGCUGGAGAGACACAAGCUGGAGGCGCUGCAGUGCAAACGACAGUCCACCCUCAUCCAGGACCAGAAUGCACUGCGGGCGACAUGUGACGUCCUGGAGAGACGGGCGAGAGAGCUGCAGACAGAGCUGGAGAGAGAGAGACACAGACUCCAGGAGAGUCACAGAUCAGAGGAUCGAACCCGGGACUGGGUGUUGCAGUCGGGAGAGUCUCUGUGUGAGGGUCAGAGGUCAGACCCCAGCAUCCUCAGCAGACUGCAGCUCAUCGCCGAGAAGAUCCACAGCCUGACUAGAGAAAGCCCAGACAGGUUAUCUGGGGGAGCGCCGGACCGGGACAGUCUAGCAUGGCUGCACGGUAAUGUACAGGAAGUGAUGUCACUGUUACAGCGUAUCCCAUCAGCCCCCUCUGCUCUCCCGGAGAGCGCCGCUCAGCUGGCCGGAGGAUCGUCCAGUCUGCUGAACGAGCGAUUACUCAGACAGAACGCAGAGCUCACAGGAUUCGUCAGCAGACUGACGGAGGAGAAGAACGACCUGCGAAACCAGUUACUGAAGCUGGAGGAGGAGCUGCGCAGAUACAGAGCGAAGAAAACCACCGCCGAGAGCAGCUGGACGGGUGCUGGUGCUGAGCGUCAGGAGCUGCUGGUGUUCUCCAGCGAGCGAGACUCGUGGACUCAGGAGAAGAAUCGUUUGGAGAAGUGUCUCCGUCAGGCCGAGUCCGAGCUGAGCCGUCUGAGAGCAGAGAAUCGCUCCGAAACACUGCGGGAUCUGACCGGAGCCGAUCCGGACACCACGGCCCUCAGGAGGAUGUAUGGGAGGUACCUGCGCUCCGAGGGCUUCCGGAAGGCCCUGAUCUAUCAGAAGAAGUAUCUCCUGCUGCUGCUGGGAGGAUUCCAGGAGUGUGAGCAGGCCACGCUGUCUCUGAUCGCUCGCAUGGGCGGCUUCCCUUCACACACCGGUCUGGAGUCUGAGAGCCGUCAGAGCAGGGGCUUCACUCGCUUCAGAUCAGCUGUGCGCGUCUGCAUCGCCCUCUCCAGGAUGAGGUUUCUGGUGAAGCGCUGGCAGAGAGCCGCUGGAGGAAGUGUGGCGUCUCAGAUCACCAGCAGAAACGGUCUCGCUCAGAUCACUGAUGUGAGGAGCGACUCGUCGUAUCUUCAGCCCGGCGCUCUGGAGGUGUUCAGAGAGAGACGAGCGUCCAGCCGAGGACGCACAGGACGAGACUCGAUCCAGCACAGGCUUCACUCGGUGGCCGGUGACGGAGGUUUGGCGUGUUCACACCUGCAGAACUACGACCCUGACCGCGCUCUGACCGACUACAUCUCUCGUCUGGAGGCUCUGCACAGACGUCUGGGGAGUGUGACCACAGGUUCCUCUUCGUACGCUCAGACGUUUGGAGUCAGACGAUGAAGCUCUUGAUUCACACUGAUACUCGCUUGCCUUCUCUUAUAAACCUGCACUGCUCUGUGGACCAAACCCAGGCGCGCGCGCGUGUGUGUGUGUGUGUGUGUGGUUCUCCUUCAUCUGUUGCUCAAGGACAGCGAUCGUGUUCCCUGUGUAUGUGUGUAAUAUUAAUUGACUGGUCAGAAACACUAAUGAAGCGUCUCGUCAAGGCUUCGGGCUCGUCUCGCUGUCAUCAGGUGUUUUAUUCUCUCGCUCUAUUUUUGUAAAGGAAGGAGCUUUGGAUUUUAUGGGUAUUUUGUCUGAAAUAAAAAUUAAUAUAAUAUUUGAAAAA